GUGGACAGCUUGAGGUAUUUGCUACCCGUUAGCAAGUCUAUAAACUUAUUAAUUUUAAAAUGUAGAACACAGGCGUAAAAAACCGGUCGUAAUAUAAACUGUAGGAUAAAUUAUUGUUUGUUUUAAUUACCUUGUACCAAAUACAUUAAAAAGUUUGCAAUUUAUAGAGUCAAAGUAAAGAACUACUUACGAAAUUAAAAAAAGAAAUAUUUAUACUAAUUUGUUUUUGUGUUCGAAACAUGGUCGUAGAUUUGUUUGGCCUUAGUUGACUUCAAGGGCGAUAACUUUGGGCUAUGCUAUUUAAAACCCAUUUAUCCAAAACGAAACAUAAAUGAAACCUUUCUUAUUACAAAUUCAGCUAAAAUAACCCAGAAAUGUGAAAAAAAAACAAAAAAGUAUUCGCCACAAUGAACACACAUCUCUACAGCGAGGGUUUCCAGAGGUUAUUAGCGCAUUCUUUUGUUUCAGGAGCGAUGACCUUCCGCCCGGGGGAGCCGGCCUGAGAGAUGGCGCGAACCUCAGCCGUCUGCCUAUUCACUGCUCAUUUUCUCUGCUGUAUUAUUGUAUGUCGACAAGACAGCGGCAACAAUCGCCCUCGAGACCAAAGCACGGUGUCGGAGUCAUCCAGGCGAUUCAGGACAGAGUUCCUUGAAGACUGGCCACACACUCCCGGAGCACCAUACUUCGACCCCAGUACACCUGACAAUGUGACCGGUUUAGUUGGACACCCUGUCAUCCUGCUAUGUAAAGUCAAGAAUUUGCAGAAUAGAACUGUAUCAUGGGUUCGUCACCGCGACAUCCACCUGCUGACGGUGGGGCGCUACACGUACACGUCGGACCAGCGCUUCGAGGCGCAGCACAAGCCGCGCUCCGAGGAGUGGGCGCUGCGCAUCCGCAGCCCGCAGCGCCGCGACUCCGGCCAGUACGAGUGCCAGAUAUCCACCACGCCGCCUAUAGGACAUGCUGUCCAUCUUAAUAUUGUAGAACCGGAGACGGAGAUCAUGGGUGGACCGGACCUAUUCAUUUACGCGGGCUCCACAAUAAACCUGACGUGUAUUGUUCGACAUACACCUGAACCGCCAAACACUAUUAAUUGGACGCAUAGAGGGAAGACGAUAAACUUCGACUCGACGCGUGGCGGUAUAUCCUUAGUAACUGAAAAGGGUAUACACAGUAGCAGUAGGCUGCUAGUGCAGUCGGCGCGAACGUCAGACGCGGGCUCAUACUUAUGCGCUCCGGACAACGCGCAGUCAGCUACAGCAAGGGUACAUGUACUUACUGGGGAGACUCCCGCAGCGAUGCAAGGAAGCGCGCAGUGGCCAAGCAGUUACGAUUCGCACACCCUAAUAGGCAUCACCAGCCUCAUAUAUCUACUAAUUGUAUAAAAUAAAUGUAAAUAAAAAUGACUGUGAAUAUGAAACUUUAUACAGAAUAGAAAAAAAGACACUGGAGUUCGAAAAGUGUGAAGUGAGCGUUCGAUAUUCGGAUUCAGCAAAAUGAUUCGGAAAAUCGAUAAAAACAUUGUUAUACUUUUUAAAAGGUGAAGCGUUUGUAAAAAUAACAGAUAAUGUUGAAAAUAGUGUUGUACCGGAUGUGUGACAUCGUUAUGGAUGCCCGUUGAUCCUGACUGUUUAAAUGAAGUGUUCUAUUUUAGAAUUGCUACGUUAACUUUUUAUUGAAACAAAUUGCAAUGAAGUUUAUUGUUUUUUGUUGAAAAUGUGUUGAAUGUGUAACUGCCCAUUCUUUAUGUAUUUAUUUAAUAGGUUAUGUUAACAUAUAAAAAAGGAUAACAAAUUAAAAGCAAAGAUUAUUUACUUCGAAAAAUAUCAUUCUGUGAAAUUACGUUUAUCAGAUAGUCAGGUUUGAAAAAAUAAAGGAAAAAUCUGUGCCAAUGAUGCAUAGAAAUAUAUCCUAAGUAUCAGGGUAAAGUUGAAAUAAAUCUAGAAUAAA